AUGGGAAGCCAAGGCAGCAGCUACAACCACCAAGCAGGCGCCCAAGGGGGAAGCCAAGAAACAGAUACACCACCAAGCAGGCCGCUAAGGGGAAGCCAAGGCAGCAGCUACAACCGCAAGCAGGCUGCCAAGGGGGAAGCCAAGGCAGCAGCUACAACCACCAAGCAGGCCGCUAAUGGGGAAGCCAAGGCAGCAGCUACAACCGCCAAGCAGGCACCAGGGGAAGCCAAGGCAGCAGCUACAACCGCCAAGCAGGCCACCAAGGGGGAAGCCAAGGCAGCAGCUACAACCACCAAAGCAGGCGCCAAGGGGAAGCCAAGAAAGCAGAUACAACCCGCCAAGCAGGCCGCUAAGGGGGAAGCCAAGGCAGCAGCUACAACCGCCAAGCAGGCCGCAAGGGGGAAGCCAAGGCAGCAGCUACAACCACCAAGCAGGCACCAAGGGGAAGCCAAGAAAGCAGAUACAACCGCAAGCAGGCCGCUAAUGGGAGCCAAGGCAGCAGCUACAACCGCAAGCAGGCCGCUAAAGGGGAAGCCAAGGCAGCAGCUACAACCGCCAAGCAGGCCGCCAAGGGGGAUAGCCAAGGCAGCAGCUACAACCACCAAGCAGGACGCCAAGGGGAAGCCAAGGCAGCAGCUACAACCACCAAGCAGCCGCUAA